AUGUCUGCCGUGGUGAAAACACUGAUCCAAGGCCGUCCUGUGGGCAAAGACUUCUUCCUGUCUUCCAAUAUCCCAUUUCUGGACAGGGACCGCCCGGAUGCAUUCUCAACACGUUUUCAGGAGGAAUACAGGCCUUUUACUUCCAAGAAAGCAGAACCUUUUAGUCCACCUACAGCAGCCCAGGUGGACCACAAAGACUUGAGACACAUCAAGGAGUACCGGACAGACGCAAAGGAGUCCUACCAUGCUCACAAAAUGCCACAAAUCACCCGCAUCCCAGCCUGGACCAUGCUACAGACUAACUUCAAGAUGCAAACAGACCCUGGGGAGGAGGCUUUCCUCACCACACAGUCCCAGCAAUUCUGCCGCCAGCCUUUCCAGCCCCCUCCCUCUCCCAUCCGACAGAUAGAAACCCCCAAGGCGAUCCAGCAUGCAGAAAAGCUGCCAGAAAGCACCAACCAAGCCUCCUACACACCACACAAUUGUUGUCCUGUUUUAAAAGCCUCAGCCAAACAUCUAGCAGAGGGCUUUCCCACGAUCAAAGGGGACAGGCGCCAUCAAAGUUUGCUCUCCCAUUACAACAACAGCUUCCUGGGAGCCUGGAGCAGAGCAGCUGUGCCUGUGGAAAAGCACUCCGGAGUGGCUAUGGGUGACCCUGUGAACAUCGUAGAGAGAGAGACGACCCACGCUGCGUCAUUCAGCCGACCCACUGGCUGCAGUCCACCUGUGCUGACGACGGAGCGUUUGAAGCUCAGCCUUGGAAGUCUCACUCCGAUAUGGUCGUCCACAACCAGAGAAGCCUUCCCUCACUACAAGAUUGAAGAUCCAGUUGUUGUGACAAAGAGGAACGAAAAUUACAGUUCCUUGCCCAAAGGGGAGACCGAUACCCGUCACGACAAAGAGAGGAUGUCUGUCACGACCAACAGAACCUCUUUCUAUGAUCUGAGCCUAACAGCGCUUCCAGUUCAUGUACCCGGAACUGACCUGAUGACCAAGAGCCACGUACAGUUCGGCCCAUCCCGUCUGUCGAGCAUGUGCUACUCGACCACGGCCAAAGAAAACUUCAGCAAACAGGAUGGAGAGCGGGCCAGACCAGCCAUCCCGCUGCCCAGCAACAUACUGAGUGGCGCAGAACGUGACUUGAACCCCAGCACCACCAAGUGUGAUUACCUCCCUGUGAAGGCCAGCAGACGGACACCUUUUCCGUCACAGCGGAGGAGCCACCUCAGGUUCCCGCUGGCUCAUCAGUACUUUCCGAACCAUCCACAGUGAAGAGUACACUGCCAAACCGUCAAUCUUCCAGCGUCCCGGCCUCAGCCAGUUAACCACCAAUUUUGUCAUACAGUAACUGAGAAACACGCCUUGGUGCGCUUGUGCUCUUCUGUACUUUUUUGUUGAUUAAUAAUCAUAUUAGUUAACUCAAAAUCACACUGUUCAAAUGGGCAUGUAAUCUGCUGCACAGACAAUAAAACAUUAACAAAUACUACACUGAAGGUCAGGCAAAAUGUAAUACUAAAAAGACCAGAUUGAGCUUGAUGAAAGCUGCAAAUUGUAACACAAAUAUAUUUUUCUCUUAUCAUCAACCUGAGCAAAGAAGUAAUUACAUUUAGCUUCUUUGUUUGACUAAUUGUAGUGCCUCCAGACAUCCAAAGUCAACUAACUAUUCUAUUGGGGAAAAAGGAUAGGGAUAUGUAAAUAAGCUACUGUCAUGUUUCUUAUAUUUCCAAGAUAUAUUUGAAACAACCUUAAAAAGAGGUGUGAUAUUACAUUUGUGCGUAAAACUUAAACACUGAUUCUGUGAAUCACAGCUCAUCAGAACGUGAAACUCCCUCCACUCUGUCAUUAUCCCUAAUAUAAGUGUUGUGUUUUUUCAAUGUUUGAGCUAGAAAAAGAUAACUCUUCACCCAGAACAGUACAGGUUGCAUCAGAGUGUGAAAUGUUGAAGCAGUGUGCAAGUGCAGCUUUAGCAAGUUAGAUGGCUAAAACAUUAACCAAAGCCUUGCCUGUCAUAUUUAGGCCAUGGAGAGGUGACUGUCCUACUUCUACUCUGUUUUCACUGUCAACACUAACCUCUAAAAAGAAGGUUAGCUUCUGUGUCGUAGAAAGAUUCGUAUCCCCUCCUUCAAGGAUGAUGGACCACACAACUUUCUGAAAACAAUCUGUGUUGUAGCAAUAACACAGCCUUGACCCAAAGAUGCAGGCCCUGCUGAUAAAAAAAAGUUGGCAGGCAAGCAGGUGUAAAUAAACUGAAUCUGGAGUUCAUCAACCAGGUGAAAAGGCAGCAUUCUCGGGUAGGAGCUUAAAUAUGAGCUGGCAAAAAGCUUAGGUCCAAGAGGUACAGCUGCAACAACAUGGUUACAACAUGGUUAAGUAUCCAGAAUCGACCAGAUACGUCUUGUUUGAUUUGCCUCUCAGUUGUGCCAAGAGCCAUGCCAAGUUAAGAUAGAUUUUCAGCCAGAUAUGUUAAUUUAAGACCAUGGAGUUUAUGACACUUUCAUAUUAAUUGACUGAAUUAAUGUAGUUUACUUGUGCACCUGGUCAAUUUAAAUCAAAUAUUUUUCAAUGUGUAAGCAUGAAAGUUAGGCAAAAGGACAUGCUUCUGGAUCAUACCUAUGCCUUACUGGUUUGAACGAUACUAUAAACGUUUGACCAAGAUACAUGCAAAGGUCUCAACAGAAAUCUUAACAAUAUGAGCACAGUAUAAUGUUAUUUUGAUACAAUAUCAUAAGUUAAGGUCACAAAGUAUAUGUCUUACUGCAUUGCCAGUGAUUUGAUGUAUUCACCAUAUGGAGUUUUAUUAUUAAGCUAAUUGUUGCUUUCGAGUACUGGGCACGUGGUUUAAAUAAAACAAAAACAA